AUUUUUUGUCACUCUCUUCAAAAUUUUUACUUCGCGGUCGUCAGCAAACACCACAGAGGCAAUUGACGGAAUGGGCAGUUAACUCGAAAGCAAAGUUUUCUCUAGUCUCUGAUAUCAUCACUGCACUGCAAGACGUUCUGGCUUUAUGGAACCGUGGCCUCAUGUGAAGUUUAAGGCAUUCCUGACGCGGUCAAAUUGUGUCCUGGAGACCCUGAUUUCAGGCUCUGGGACUGGGACCACAGAUGAGCAGCGAGCGGAAUAUGUCGCCCUUGUCCCUUCCCUUAAAGUAGUGAGCGACUUGAUUACUUGCAUUCACUUCUAGUCAUUACGCAUGUUGGUCAGUGUUUUAGGGUACCACAAUCUCCUUCAUCCUCUCAUGGGCCACUGUCUACCCCACAGUCUGUUUACAACUGAACAAUUCGGUGUCUGCCACCGGCUCCUGGUAAACUAUAAACGCCAUUUGAAAAUAUA